AUGAAUUUUGUUUCACAUCUCAACAAUGAAUAUGGUGAUUCAAAUUUGAAAGAUGACACUUCACUCAGCCAAGAUGAUGGUUCACUCAGUCAAUCUGAUGAAGAAUACGAAAUAGUCGAUAAAGAGGAUCAACUUGAAACUAAAGGUUUUGAUGCUUUAGAAGCAAACAAUGAGAAUGAAAAGAGAGAUAACCUUUGUAUUGGAAUGGAGUUUAGUUCUGAUGAGUCUGCGCAUAUAGCUUAUGGUUCACUCAGUCAAACAAAGGAGGACGAAAAAAAUAAAGAAGAUUAA